AUGGAUAUCAAUACUGAUGAUCUUUAUGAAGCUGAAGUUCGUAAUACUUCUGCUUCUGAUUCUCAAGACGUUUUGCAAGUUUCUGAUGACAAUGACAAUAUGGCCACAAGCACCGCUACUGCGAGUAAUAGAAAUAUUGUAUCUCCUUUUACUUCUGUUACUUUUACAAAAAAAGCCAAAUCUAGAUCACCUGUUUCACCAUAUUUUUCACAAAGGACUAUUGACAAUAUUCAACAGCUUUUUACUUUUACACCUGAAAUAACAAUUUCAAGCCAAAGUUUAAUACCAGCUCAAAAAACUAAACUUCAUAUGUUAAUUGCUGAAUGGAUUGUUUCAAACAUGUUAUCUUUUUCUAUUAUUUCAAGCAGAUCAUUUGCCACUAUGCUUCAAUAUCUUAAUGCUAAAGUUGACUUACUUUCUCGCAAGACUAUGAAGUCUAUUAUUCAAAGUGCCUUCGUCAUAAUACAAAAGGAUGUUAAAACUCUUUUGGAACAAGCUCCUAAUAAUAAGUGGAACCUCCGAAAAAUCUUACUCGAUAUCUGCAUGCUUCCUCAUCCCCAUACUGGUGAAGAGAUUGAUACAUAUUUGCAUUUUGUUUUUGCAGCUUUUAAGAUUACUGAUAAAAUUUUUUGUGCUACUACUGAUGGUAGUUCUAAUAUGAUCUUGGCAAUGCAAUUGUUAAAAA